CGCUCAUUUUCUUUUCUCCAGCCCAAGUGCCCGCGCCUGGCCCCCCCGUUUUCUAUUCCUCUUCGCCUUUGCUUUCUCCGUCGUCGUAUUCUCCGUUAUUAUGUCCUCUCGCGACGCGUCCAAGGGUGUUCCGUCAGGUCUCCUGGCUUUCCCCAGCCUGUCUUCGUCUCUGCAUACACUACCACAAGCGACCAGCAUGAAGAGCGUCUCGCUACAUCCGAACAUGUACAACCAGCCUGCUAGUGAGGCGAAACUACAAAAGGCCUUGUCGUCAAAGACCGCCGCAGCACAUCCAUCGCAGAAUCCUGCUAUGACUCCGUACAUGCGACCUACUACCCCAUCGUCACAUUGCGAUUCCUCGCCUCUCAUGAUGCGCAAACCGCAAAAAUCAAAAUGAACGCGUCGUUCAACCACCAUUCUUCUUCCCCUGGGCCUUUUGAUGUUCAUUUAGAACGUUCACAGGGACUUUGUAGGACACCCCCCCCCCUCUCUUGGCUGUUUGCUAGUCUUCGGCUAUAUGCUGCAUUUUGCUUUCGUCCGGCUUUCGUUUGCAUCGCAUCACAUCACAUAGACCAUCAUGCAUUUUCAUUUCAUCGUUUUCAUCUUAUCAUUUAUUUUGGGCUUUUUGUGCAUUUCUACCUUACUCUAUAAUUUGUGGAUAUUAUAGUAUAGAUACCUUCGGGUCCUGCAAUUGUAUAUGGGUACUGCGUGCUUUUUCGGAAUUCCCUGUCUGUUGGUUAUUUUGACGUGAACGUGAACGUGAGCAUUUG